GAAACAAAUUAAAGAAACGGAGAGGUCAGCAAUCAUAUUUUUUCACCCUGCCUUUGACUCUCUUGCUUGCUUGCUUAAUUUCCAGUGUUUCAUCAACCACUCGAGGAAAUGAAUGGCAAGGAAAGCACUAUAAGAAGAGCUCAAUCCCUCACUCCCUUCAUACACUGCCCCCUUCUCUACUCUUCUUCUUCUUCUUCUUCUCCACGAUGAGCUCAAUCUCUUGCUCUUCCUUCUUCCUUUGCCUCGCGCUCAUCUUCUCCUCUUCUUUCCUCGGCGGCCAGUCGAGGCAAUUGGAGGAAGAGGAAGCCUUGAGACAACAGCAGGCUGACCGCGUGGUUCAGCUCCCGGGACAGCCCACGGUCAGCUUCCGCCAGUACUCCGGCUAUGUGACGGUCAAUGAAAGCCAUGGCCGUGCGCUCUUCUACUGGCUUCUUGAGGCAACUAGUGAUGUGGAUAAGAAGCCACUUUUGCUUUGGUUAAACGGAGGGCCUGGCUGUUCUUCCAUUGGAUUCGGGGCCGUCGAGGAACUUGGCCCUUUCCUAAUGCAAAAGGGUGUGCCAGAGCUCAGACUUAAUGAGCAUUCCUGGAACAAAGAGGCAAAUCUUCUAUUCCUUGAGUCUCCUGUUGGAGUUGGAUUUUCUUACACAAAUACAAGCUCUGACAUACAAGCACUUGGCGAUAAGAUCACUGCCGAAGAUGCCUACAUUUUCCUUGUUAACUGGUUCAAGCGGUUCCCGCAGUUCAAAUCCCAUGACUUCUACAUUUCUGGAGAAAGUUACGCAGGGCAUUAUGUUCCACAACUCUCUGAGAAGAUAUUUGAUGAAAACAAACAAGCUUCGAAGGAUGACUACAUAAAUUUCAAAGGGUUCAUGAUAGGCAAUGCAUUAUUGGACGAUGACACCGAUCAGACAGGGAUGAUCGACUAUGCAUGGGAUCAUGCAGUCAUAUCUGACCGAGUCUACAAGGAUGUUAAAACCAAGUGCAAUUUCAGAAUCGAACCGGCUACGGCAGCCUGCAACAGUGCACUGUCAGAAUACUUUGCAGUCUAUCGAAUAAUCGACAUGUACAGCUUGUAUGCUCCCGUUUGCGUCAAUCAGAAUCUAUCUGGCACCUAUAACCGAAAGCACUUCCGCGUCGAAGGCGCUGCUCCAAAGCUGUUCUCCCAAUUUAGUGGGUGGCAUCAGCAGCCAGCGGGUUAUGACCCCUGUGUCUCCUACUACUCGGAGGUUUACUUUAACCGACCAGAUGUCCAACAAGCUCUGCAUGCAAAUGUCACAAAAAUUGCUUAUAACUGGACUCACUGCAGUGAUGUGAUCACCAAAUGGAAUGAUGCACCGGCCACCGUGCUCCCGACCUUACACAAGCUCAUCAAUGGCGGCAUCAGAAUAUGGGUUUUCAGCGGCGACACUGAUGGAAGAAUUCCAGUCACUUCGACUCGGUAUUCACUGAACAAACUUGGCCUGAAAACCAUCCAAGAAUGGACUCCUUGGUAUGACCAUCAACAGGUUGGUGGAUGGACAAUUGAAUUUGAGGGACUGACAUUCGUCACGGUCCGCGGGGCUGGCCAUCAAGUUCCAACGUUUGCUCCAAGGCAAGCUCGCCAGCUUGUUAGUCAUUUCUUGGCUAACCAGCAAUUGCCUCACUCAGCUUUCUAGAACUCCAAGACUCAGCGCUGCUUGCUCAUUCAAAGAAAUUGAUGCUUGUCUAUGCAUCCUAAAGAAGAAGAGAGAUUAGGCACAUUGCCAAUAAUGAGCUUGCUAUAAUUCACAUAAAUGCCAAUUGUCAAUCUUAAAUUAUGCAUUUUAUCUUGAUUUCACUGUAAUAAAAUUGCAACUUAUUUGAUCAAAUGUAUCAUGGGUUUCUUUUUCUCUCC